CCAUGUCUAGGGUGCGGUGUGUUGUAUGUAUCAGGGGAUGCAAUGAAUUAGUAGGACAGAGAUCUUUGGUUUGGGUGGAUCUUCUCUCUUACCCAUCAUCUGUCUUGGUUAGAACUUUUGAAUUACAGAUCAGACUAAAGCGCCAUGGAAGUGUCAGAGUACAGUCCGCACCGCCAUUCCCUCCUAGAUGCCAUCCACCGUUUCAACACUGCCACUACCAUCAUGGAUGAGACAAUCAUGGUUCCAGGUAUGCUACAGGACAUUACCCCAGCCAAAGAAGAACAGGAAGAGCCCAUCAAACCUAAGGAUCUCCUUGGCCAGAACAAUAAUCUCUAUGAUUCCUAUCUCCUUCUGAAGUCUCUGAGAAACGACAUGAAAUGGGGAGUGCAUCAUGAAAAUGGAAAAACGGACGAUCGCUGCCCUGACAAGGAAGCUCCCGAGGAAGAGACUGGUGAUCUAGUGGACCAAUUUCAGCAUCAUUUAAGAGGGCUCUUGUCUGUCCUAACAAAGCUGACCAAAAAAGCCAAUCUGCUAACCAACUGUUACAAGAAGGAGGUUGAGACUGGGAAUUCACAUGCCCGACCAUUUUCUAGCAACCAUUAUUACUGAGAAUUAAACUACAUUUGCUCCAUU